AUGUCUGGACGAGGCGGGCGAGGCGGGCGAGGAGGCCGUGGUGGGCGUGGCCCGCUGACCAACGGCAGAAGGGCCGUCGCCCAGAACAGUGUGCCCUGGGCCAUGGACGGGGACAUUGUGCUAGACGGCAAGCCAUCCGAACUCUUUCCACCCUACGACGUCCCCAAAGCGCCUCUCCUCUCCAGAAAAGAAGAAAAACAAGUUUCCUACUUCCUCCUCUUCCGCGAACAGUGCCAAGACAGCCCCCUCUACACGCAAGCGCGCAACUGGACCCAGUCCUCCGGCACGACAGCGCGCACCUACGGCCAGGACCAGCUCAACAAGCGCUACGGCCAGAUGAGCAAGGCGACCGUCGACCCCUUCACCGCCGUGCCGACCUACUCGCACCGGUUCAAGAAAGUGCCCCGGACACUACCUGACCUGGGCUCCCGGCCCUUCGCAAAAGAUUUCUUCCCGCCCGAAUUACACGCCACGCUAGACGGCGACGACGAGCAUUCGAGCGGGAACGGGCCGGUGGCCAAGCGGCGACGCGUCGGCCCCAAGACGUUGGGCCUGUCGAACAUCACGUCAUACAAGACUGCAGAGGAGCUGUUCCUUCCCGACGCACAGCAGCUGGGUGUGGGUGCAGGGGCUGGGGCGGCUAGCAUGGAUAAGGCGCUGCAGUUUAUCGACACGAUUGAGAAACAGAACGGUGAUGAGGAGGCCAUCUUGUCUGGGGAGGACGAUGACGAUUGGGUCAAGGGCAAUGGCGAGGAUGACGAGGACGGGAACGCUGAGGAGGAUGAUCAGUACGAGGACGAGUCUGGCGACGACUACAAUGCGGAGGCCUAUUUUGACGGGAACCAGGAUGAUGAGGACUACGACGAGGGAGGGGAUGAUGGGGGGGAUUAUUUCUGA